CCUGGGGAUCGGAUGUGUCUUUGAGGGCGCUUCCACACUUGGGAGUGAACGUUGUUUCCUUUAAUUCCAGUGAUUUUCUAAAUGAAUACGAGAAAGGAAGGACUCCCAACCCUGACAUCGUCUGCAACAAGCACAUCAAGUUCAAGUGCUUUUUCAAUUACGCGGUGGAUAACCUUGGAGCAGACGCAAUUGCCACGGGUCACUACGCGCGGACGUCCCUGGAAGAUGAGGAGGUCUUCCAGCAGAAGCACGUUAAGAGGCCAGAGGGGCUUUUCAGAAACCGAUUUGAAGUUAGAAAUGCGGUAAAGCUUCUGCAGGCAGCUGACAGCUGUAAAGACCAGACCUUCUUUCUCAGCCAGGUUCCCCAGGAGGCCCUGAGGCGAACCCUCUUCCCCCUGGGGGGGCUCACGAAGGAUUUUGUAAAGAAAAUAGCUGCUGAGAACAGACUGCACCAUGUGCUGCAGAAGAAGGAGAGCAUGGGCAUCUGCUUCGUGGGCAAAAGGAAUUUUGAAAAGUUCAUCCUCCAGUACUUACAGCCGCGGCCCGGGCAGUUCAUUUCCAUCGAAGAUGGCACCGUGCUGGGGACACACAGAGGUUGGUUCCUGUACACGUUAGGCCAGAGGGCCAAGAUCGGCGGCCUGCGCGAGCCCUGGUACGUGGUGGAGAAGGACGGCGCCAAGGGCGACGUGUUUGUGGUGAGUGGCUGGCCCCGCAUGCGGUGCCGAGUCUGCGGGCAGAGCCAGGGUGAGGCUGAUGGGCGUCCUGGCCUCCUGCACCCCUGGGCCGGCCCCGGAGCGCAGGGUGUCGUUUACGGUGUCCCUGGGCGCUCCCGGACGCUGGUCACUCGUUAGCCACAUCGGUCCCUGUAAGUAGAUGCCAUUCCUCCGAGUUAACGAGGACACGACAGGUGGUUGGGGUGAAGGCCCGUGGAGAGGAGGGGGCGUCAGGGCCUCGACGGGCUUGCACGCAGGGUCCCGCCGUCUCGCGGAGCAGUGGCAGGUUGUGGGGUCGGCUCGCAGCGCCCCUGCUGCCAAGUGUGACCGUGACCUGUAGUUCCCGCUUCUGCAAAAUGGGGUCAAAGGCUCCUGA